AUGUCGUCCACACCACGCCGUCCAGCGCAGCUCGACAUACGGUCCAAGUCAGCAAUGUCCGUCUCAAGGCCACUGAGAUCCCCUCGACUCCAUGUCGCCGGCGAGGCGCCCCCGGAGCUCUCCCCUCUGGAUGCUUUUGCCAUGCAGAGCCGGCUGCUUGCCAAACAACUUGAAGAGAGCGCAAGGCAGGGCCGGCGCUUGAGCCGUUUGCCGCCUCUAACUACCGAUAGCCCGUUAAUUGUACAAGGCCGUUCCGAAUACUUUCGCUCCCUAUCCCAAGACUCUGGAAGCGAUGAGGCUUACACACCGCAGCACAACGUCGGCCUGGGCCUGAGACACGAGGUGGACGAGGACGUGAGCAACCGACCCAAGUCGAUGCACCCGCGCAUGAGCCGCAUCCCACCCACCCCAAUCGAGUCGUCCGUUCCGAUGCCCGCUCGACCGAACCUCGAUGCCGAAAGCGUAGAAGGAGAGAUCUCUUUCGGAAUCGGAGCCCGUAGGGAGGAAUCGCCCCAGCCCCUCGACCGCAGCCCCGAAAUUGAGCGACGAUCGGCUUCGGCCAUGGGAACCCGAGAGAGCAUGGCGCGCUCACCACCGUCGGCACCGACUUUGACUCGGGCUAUGACUUCGCCGGAGCACGUACAGGGUGGCCUGCUGCCACCUCGCCCUUUGUUCCCCAAGCGAUCCUCGAGCAUGAUGUCUUCGCCCCUGGAACCGACUGACGAGGAUGGGCUUGGUUCGUUGGGAACAUCGUUUCACUCUCAGGUCUCUCAGGGUUCCCGCAAGAUGUCUACCAGCAGCAGCAUCCUGUCUCCUAUGGGCCGCAGUCAACGGUCGCCCUCUAUUGCAUCGGACAUGUCCGGACUGCAAAAACCAUCUAUGAACUUGUCCAUGCCCAUGAGUCGGGCAGAAACCCCCUCCUUCGAGUUUCCAGCUCGCCAGCCGUCUUCUGACAGCCAUGCGUCGUUUGUCUUGGUUGAUAAUGAGGCGCAUACCCCGGUCAGCAUGAACGGCGAUGGUUUCCCUGACCCUGACGGUAACCACUCCUUCCACAAUGUGCAGUUCACAUUGCCACGAGGAAAGUCAGUUCGGCGGGCGGAAGACGAGAGGCCUGAGUUUGGUACGCCCCUUAGGCAGGUCACUACCAACGAGCAGCCUCCGUUGCCUAGCUCAAAUGAGCUUCUCCCCCGUGCUCACGUAUCCGGACAGCUUCCUCCAUCGCCAUCGAGCUCAGUAGGACCUCGCCUAUCCGAAGACCGCCUCAGGCAGAUACCAUCCGAGCAAAGCAAGGUAAGCCUCGAGGUCCCCAGGUCAGCUUCAACACGGCAACCGUCGCCAGAAGCCAUUGGUCGCCUCUCAACAGACAGUGCCCUCGAGCGCGCCCGACCGUCAACGUCUCCAACACCCGAUAGCAAUCAAAACAAGACGGCCACACCCACGGCCACCCCAACGUCGACAGCAGCACCCUCCAUCGCUGCUACGCACGAUACAGCAGCCACCCUCACAGCUACACGCUCUCUAGGCCAAGCCACCGGCCAUCAGACCAUGGCCGAAAUGACCGCCGAAGAGCACGUCUCCAAAGCCGUUGCUCUGCACGAAAAGGGUGCACUGCAAGAAUCUACGUGGCAUCUCCGUCACGCGGCAAAACAAGGCCAUCCCACGGGUAUGCUGCUCUACGCCCUCGCCUGCCGACACGGAUGGGGUAUGAGACCAAACCAACGCGAGGGAGUAGAAUGGCUCAGAAAGGCCGCGGCAAGUGUCAAUUUGGAAUUACAGCAAGAUGACGACAAGACAAAGGAAGGAAAGUCGGUGGAUAAGGUGGAGCACAAGGCGAGAAAGGCGCAGUUUGCGUUGGCGCUUUACGAGUUGGGUGUGUCUCAUAUGAAUGGGUGGGGAAUUGAGCAGGACAAGGUUUUGGCGUUGAGGUGUUUUGAGAUUGCCGGGUCGUGGGGCGACGUGGACGCUCUAGCGGAAGCUGGGUUCUGCUAUGCCCAGGGUAUCGGAUGCAAGAAGAACUUGAAGAAGAGUGCCAAGUAUUACCGAGAGGCGGAGGCCAAGGGAAUGAGUAUGGUUGGAAACAGCUGGAUUCACAAACCAAAAUACGCCGAUGAUCCGAAAGACGGGAAAGACUCGAAACACUCACGCAACAAGUCCAAGUCUAGGAAAACGCUGUUUGGGUGGAACCAUUCUUGA